AUGAAAGUCUACCAGGGCAAUGAAUCGGAACUGCGCGCCACUGGACUCCGCGCAGCGGCAAUCGAUGCAAUUUCGGAGCCAAUGGAGAGUCACCAAACAUCGGAAGCCAGGCAUGCUACCAAAAACGAGUAUGCAAAGUAUCUGCUUCGGAGGGGUCUAUCUGUUCCAGCACCCUUGCUGCUGGCUUCAUCACCGGCUUCGUCUCUGGCAUGGCCAAUACUGCAUGGUCUCCGGUGACAUGCAGCGAAUGCAAACGCCUCGCAGAGGUACGCUUGCCGCCCUGGCUUGAUUGAGCACACACGUCAAUUAGCACAUGCGCCUCGCUGCGUUCGCUUCGUGCAGCCUGCCUACACGAUCCGUCAGGAGCAUACAGCAUUGGCCAGGCGUUGCCGACACGCACGAAGUCGAGCCCUUGACGUUCACCAUUCAUGACAGACCGUCAAGCAAAGUCGAUUCCGACUUCAGAUCCGAAUUCGAGGCCGGCUCAGCCCGGUCCGGCGACCAACCAGCCAAAGCGAGCAUGUGGCUCAGACGAGCUGAGGUGCACCACAGCAAUGAGGAAUAG